CAACCUCUGACCUCGUUCUACAACCUCCCACAAGCUCCAUACCUUAAUAAUCUCCUUUCUCAAAACCAGGAACAAUGUCGCAAAUCACAGACGAGUCUCUACGCGAGGCCAUCAAGCAGCGCCUCGAAGCUACUCACGUUGAAGUUACAGACAUGUCUGGCGGCUGUGGCCAAGCCUUCAACUCUGUCAUCGUCUCUCCUCAAUUCCAGGGCCUCAACUCUCUCAAGCGCCAUCGCCUCGUUAACGCCGCCCUCAAGGACGAAAUCGCCAUUAUCCACGCCUGGACCGCCAAGUGCCAGACACCUGAGGAGUACGCAAAGACGAGCGCAGCCAACGACACCACGCAAGCGCAGCCAUAAAUCACCUUUUCUUUGUCUUCCACGAUGUCAGGGUUAUACUACAUGGAGUUUUUGCAUAAAAAGGGCACACGACAGGCAUAGGAAUGGUAGGGCGGGCAUGUGACGGAGGGUCAAGAUAACGAUAUCCGUACGAAAGCGGUCUUCACGCCGCUGUACAUCACGAAGUAACAAGAAAACCAAGGAAUCCAUUUUAUAAUUAGAGCAUGUUUAUUUGGCAAGCGUACAACGCGGAAACAACAAGAUUCGUUGGUUUGCGCCAACACCAUAACUUCCAUGAAGGC